AUGGCUAGCUUGAAACUGGGUUCCAAAUCUGAAGUCUUUCAUCUUAGUGGUCACACAUGGCUUUGCAAGACUGGUCUUAAGCCCGAUGUUAUGAUCCAAGUCGUAGACGAAAGCUUCCAUCUCCAUAAGUUUCCUUUGUUGUCAAGAAGUGGAUAUCUAGAAACUCUGUUCAGCAAAGCCUCUGAGACAACUUGUGUUGCUCAGCUUCAUGACAUUCCCGGUGGUCCUGAAACAUUCUUGCUUGUAGCUAAGUUUUGUUACGGUGUAAGAAUUGAGGUCACACCUGAAAACGCUGUGAGUCUCAGAUGUGCAGCAGAGUAUCUCCAAAUGAGUGAAAACUAUGGAGAUGCAAAUCUCAUCUAUCUCACUGAGAGUUUCCUCAACGAUCACGUAUUCGUAAACUGGGAAGAUUCCAUCAAGGCCCUGGAGAAAUCAUGCGAACCAAAAGUGUUGCCUCUCGCUGAAGAGCUUCACAUUGUUUCUAGGUGCAUUGGUUCUUUAGCCAUGAAGGCUUGUGCAGAGGACAACACAAGUUUUUUCAACUGGCCAAUCUCACUACCUGAAGGAACCACUACUACUACUAUAUAUUGGAACGGAAUACAAACAAAGGCCACGAGCGAAAACUGGUGGUUCAACGAUGUAUCAUCGUUCCUAGAUUUACCAAUGUACAAAAGGUUCAUCAAAACUGUUGAAUCCAGAGGCGUAAAUGCGGGUAUCAUAGCAGCAUCUGUCACACAUUACGCCAAACGGAAUCUUCCUUUACUUGGUUGUUCUAGGAAAUCUGGUUCUCCUUCAGAGGAAGGGACUAACUAUGGAGAUGACAUGUACUAUUCACAUGAAGAACAACGAAGUCUCCUUGAGGAAAUCGUGGAACUUCUCCCGGGCAAAAAGUGCGUUACAUCGACAAAAUUCUUGCUCAGGCUUCUUAGGACAUCAAUGGUUCUGCACGCGAGUCAGGUCACUCAGGAGACUCUGGAGAAGAGAAUUGGAAUGCAGCUAGACGAAGCUGCUCUAGAGGAUUUACUAAUACCAAACAUGAAAUACUCAGGUGAAACACUCUAUGAUACUGACUCUGUCCAGAGGAUUCUUGAUCACUUCAUGUUGACGUUUGAUUCAAGUAUUGUUGAGGAGAAGCAAAUGAUGGGAGAUUCUCAUCCUCUUAAGUCCAUCACAAAGGUUGCUAGUCUGAUAGACGGCUACUUAGCAGAGGUGGCGUCCGAUGAGAACUUGAAACUAUCGAAAUUUCAAGCACUUGGUGCUCUAAUCCCGGAAGACGUGAGACCAAUGGAUGACGGUAUCUACCGUGCAAUAGAUAUAUACAUAAAGGCUCAUCCAUGGCUAACAGAGUCAGAGAGAGAACAGUUGUGCCUGCUUAUGAAUUGUCAGAAACUGUCAUUGGAGGCAUGCACACACGCAGCACAAAACGAGCGUCUACCAUUGCGGGUCAUAGUACAAGUCCUGUUCUUUGAACAGAUGCGGCUUCGGACAUCUAUAGCAGGAUGGUUAUUCGGCUCGGAGGAAAACAAUGACACAAGCGGCGCGUUAGAAGGAAACAAGAACACAAACGCAAAUAUGGUGAUGCAUGGGAUGAGAGAACGCGUAUUCGAGCUUGAAAAAGAAUGUAUGAGCAUGAAGCAAGAUCUUGAUAAGCUUGUCAAGACAAAAGAAGGACGCAACUUCUUCUCUAAGAUAUUCGGAUCAAGAUCUAAGACUAAGACUUCACCAUGCGGUAAAGGAGGUGAGGACGCUCUAGUGAUUCCUGAAACCAAAAAUUGA